AUAUUAAUGAAAAUUUAUUUUUUGCUGUGAAAUACUAAAUACAUUUGCAUAUAUUAAACAUGUUUAAAAUACUUGUUAUUGGAUUACUUUUAGCUUAUAUACUGAAUUUAAGCACAAUCAAUUGUGCGGCAGUUAGGGGUCGACAGAUAGAAGUGGAUUCGUCUGACCGUCAGUUAGACAUUCCCAAUGAAAACGAAAUACCGGAAAGUCCCGGCUAUAAUCCCGACAACAAUAGGCCCUCGUAUACGCCCGGCCGGCGUCGGGGCUCCCAAUCGGAGGGUCUUCUCAAUCGGAUCGUCAACUUUUUCAAAGAUAUGCUCGGCUUUGGCGACAAAGAUAGUCAGUCGGGCGGAGACGGCGGCGGAAUAUUUGGUGGUCGCGGAGGCGGUGGAGGAAUAUUCGGCGGCGGAGGAGACGGCGGUAGCGGAGACGGAGGCAAUCAGAGCGGAAACGGUAUCUUAGGAUUCAUUCGCCGCGCUUUCGGUGGUCUUAUCGACAGGUUUUUGGGCAGAUUUAAUGGUAGAGGCGGUGAGGGAUCAGUCGGUGGUGAGGGAGGCUUUCCCUUGAUUAGACCGCAGGCCCGCAAUGAGCCCUUACGUAGAAAUUAA